GUCAUUUCCAGCCAUGGAACGUGAUAUACAAUAUAAUCAUUGUCUGGCAACACUGAAUUCAGAAAAAGAACUUUUGUUUUUCCCAAUAAAACAUUUUCUUUAUUAUUGGGAUUUGGGAAAUUUGAUCGAUUGAUUUAUAUUACAAGCUCAUUAGGUGGUCAUCGAAUGAAAAAAAAAGUAUAGUACUUUCAACAGGUAUAUUUUUCUACCAUUUCUUGGUAAACGAAAUAAAAUUGUGGCCUAAAUUUCUAAAACCAUCACAAUGUCUGAAAAGAAAUUUACAUAUGCACAAGUUAGGGAACAUAAUGAAGCAGCAGACCUAUGGCUGAUAAUCGAUGAGAAAGUCUAUGAUGUCACAAAAUUCUUGAAUGAGCAUCCUGGCGGUGAAGAAGUUCUAAUUGAUGCUGGUGGUAAAGAUGCCACAAAGGAAUUUAAUGAUGUCGGUCACAGUGAAGCCGCAAUAGAACAACUGGAAACGUACUUGGUUGGUGAAAUAGUGGAUUCAGAGAAGAAAUCGAAAUCAAGCAGUAAAAAGAAUGUCAUUUUGGGAGCUUCAUCCUCUGCGGCAAUAGCACUAGGAGCAUAUAUCAUCUACAAAGGCUACAAAUAUUUUAAGUCUACUUAAACACAAGCAUUAUCUCAGAAGGGCGAAUCCAAUAAAAAAUAUUCCAUAGUUCAUCAAGAGUAAUAAUUUUGUGUAUUAGAAUGAUCAGAAAUAUUUGAAAUAAAUUCGUUGUAAUUUAACAA